AUGGAAGAAGGUACACCUGAUAAAGAAAAGAAGAAGAAGAUUCUUCAUGAUAAGUACGAGUCACAAUUUGACCGUUUCAUAGUCACUUUUCAUCCAAAAAAUUUGCCAGGAGAUAUACCCGGUAAAUGCUCAAACUUCAAUUACGCCAGCCGUCAAGCAGUAAAACAAUUGAGACUUGACAAGAACUAUCCACUUGAUAAAUUUGGCAACAAAGUCGAGCUUCUUGUGACAACAGGAGAUUGCGAUUCCAUAUUUGGUGAGAGAUAUUUUGAUGCCAUGGAGGAGGACUACUGGAAACUUACGGCUGAGGUAACGAUCAUGAUUUUAUUAGCAAUUUUUUUAUUAACUUCAUGA